GAACUGCAAAGAUCUCAUGCUUUGGAGAUGGAGAUGAUAAAUCCAAGGAAAUAAUCCAUCUGCUGCCAUUGUGACAUCUGAAAGGUCUUUUGUGUCAAAAUGAACAGUCUUUGAGAAAAAUCUGGAAAGCAGUUAAAUCUGAAAAAUGGGAGAAAGAGUAAGGAGCCCGGAUUCUCAACAGGAUAGGAAAUCAGAUGGGGAUAAAAAUAGUGACUCCUAUUAUUCAGAUGAAGAUAAUUCAUCUCAUUCAUCUGGCCAGUCGCCAACACUAAGCUGUCCAUCUACGAGCCAAGAAAAAAGAUAUCCCAAAACGCAAACUUCAAACAGCCUUGUGCACUACCAUGCCACAAAGAAAUUGGGUUCCAAAUAUGCAGCAAGCAAAAGUGGGAUGCGGUGGGGUUUCCGUUCUCAGAGCCUCACCAGGGAUUCUCCUGCAAAAGACAUAGAUCUUGUUACAAAAAGAGUUCUUUCAGCUAGGCUGCUGAAAAUCAAUGAGCUCCGAAAUGAACUGACUGAACUCCACAUCAAACUCGAUGAGCUGCAGAAGGAAAACAGGGCACUGAAGAGGCUUCAGCACAGGCAGGAGAAAGCCUUGAAUAAGUUUGAAGAUACAGAAAACGAAAUCUCUCAGCUCCUUGCACGGCACAACAAUGAGAUUAGAAUAUUAAGGGAGCGCCUACGAAAAUCUCAAGAGCGAGAACGUGCAACCGAGCGACGGCUGAAAGAUUCAGAAGAUGAACUGUACAGGACGAAAACUGCCUUGCAGAAACUGAAAAAGCUGUCUGCAGAUAAGCACCUUGCUGAAAGAGAUGACCUGGCAAAGAAACUGGCCUAUGCAGAGAGCAGGCUAGGGGACAGUGAAAAAAGAAUUAAGGAUCUGGAAAAAAAUCUUGAAUUAAGUGGUAGCAGUUUUCAACGAGAGUUACAUUCAAAGAAAAAAAAGGUGCAUGAGGCUCAAGAAGAAAACAGAGUUCUCCAAGAAGAGCUUCACCAGCUAAAUCAGAAGCUGAAGGAAAAAGAAAGAGAACUGGAAGCAAAAAAUAUAUAUGCUAAUCGUAUGUUGAAGCUAUCACCAAGAAAAGACAUGGAUAUUAUACAAAGAAAAAGAGCAAACAAUCAAAAUAUUAAAAAAGGAGCACAGGUCACAAAAGGUGUACAGACCAGUGGAUACUUCUCACCAGUAGAAUUUCUUCCAGAAUCAGAACUUGUCUAUGGUGACACGGUUAACAAGAAAGAAGUGAUUCUUCCAAAAAUAGAGAAAGAAACUCAAGACAAAGGAUGGAAAGAGCAAGCAGACCUCCUAAGACAAGACCAAGACAGGGAAAGGGAAGAGAAACUGAAACGUUUUCAGGAAAUACAGGCUUUAGAGGAGAGGGUUCAAAAACUUCAUGAUGAGUGGGAAAGGGAAGAAUAUGACAAAAUGAAAAAAGAAAGCAGCUUUUUAUUGGAUAAAGAAGAGAAAACUAAGAUGGAGACAGAAGUCCCCAAACCUGAAGUGAUCAGAGAAAGCACUGAAAUCCUGGAAGAGCAGCAAAAAAGAGAGCUUCUGCUUGCAAAACUGCAAGAAAUUGAUAGAGAAACUCAAAAUGUAACAAACGUGAAACCUACUUUUGAAGCACCACUCAUAAAUACAACAAGAAAAUCUGAUUCCCUGGAGAAAAAAGAAAAAACAAAUCAAUUCUUUGAGAUUCCCAGGAAGGUUACUAAUGGAUUCUCUGUAGGUGACAACCAGGCUGAUGCGACAGGAGUACAAGGGCAGAAGCAACGAAAUCUAAGGACUGCAGAUUUAAGCAGUGAGUUAACAUUUGGUAGUUAUGUACCUUCCUUUGGGAAGGGAUCAGGGAGACCGAGUUGGCUUACCCAAAAAAGUGACAACUUGGAAGAAAAUGUUAAGGAAAAUGCAGAUUUCAAUAUUAAGAAAGAUAAGAAGUCCAAUUUAAUGGAACAGCUCUUCGGAAGCAGUGCCACUAUUCUUUCUAAAAAUAACGAUACAACAGCUUUUGACUUAGACUGGGACUCUAGUAAUACUCCCCUUAUUGAUAAAAACAGUAAAGUCAAAGAAGACAGUGAGCUUUUUGGUGAAGGAAGAAACCUGAACAGACACCGUUUGCAGCACACUACAAGCAAGUCAGGAUUUAAGACCCUUGGUUCUUUAGAAGAUGAAAUCGAAGAAGUAAUCUUACAGUAA